CUGAUCCCGACUUAGGAGUAAGGGCAGGAGGACCGCCCAGGCUGCAGAGCGGCCCACCUGGAAGGACAGAGCUGCAAGAUGGCCAGUAAGACCAAGGCCAGCGAGGCCCUGAAGGUGGUGGCCCGGUGCCGCCCCCUCAGUAGGAAGGAGGAGGCUGCUGGUCAUGAGCAGAUUCUGACCAUGGACGUGAAACUGGGCCAGGUGACUCUGCGAAACCCCCGCGCGGCACCCGGGGAGCUGCCCAAGACCUUCACUUUUGAUGCUGUGUAUGACGCUAGCUCCAAGCAGGCCGACCUGUAUGAUGAAACGGUGAGGCCCCUGAUAGACUCGGUGCUUCAGGGUUUCAAUGGCACCGUAUUUGCCUAUGGCCAGACUGGCACUGGCAAGACCUACACCAUGCAGGGGACCUGGGUGGAGCCAGAGCUCCGCGGGGUUAUCCCCAAUGCCUUUGAGCACAUCUUCACCCACAUUUCCCGCUCCCAGAACCAGCAGUACCUGGUUCGUGCCUCCUACUUGGAGAUCUACCAGGAGGAGAUUCGAGACCUGCUAUCCAAGGAGCCAGGCAAAAGGCUAGAACUGAAGGAGAAUCCUGAAACAGGGGUCUACAUCAAGGACCUCUCUUCCUUUGUCACCAAGAAUGUCAAGGAGAUUGAACACGUGAUGAACCUGGGGAACCAAGCCCGGGCAGUAGGCAGCACCCACAUGAAUGAGGUCAGCUCCCGGUCCCAUGCCAUCUUUGUUAUCACAGUGGAGUGCAGUGAGCGUGGCUCCGAUGGACAGGACCAUAUCCGAGUAGGCAAGCUCAACCUGGUAGACCUGGCCGGCAGUGAGAGGCAGAACAAGGCAGGUCCCAACACACCUGGAGGGCCAGCCACACAGUCAACAGCUGGUGGUGGCGGCGGAGGUGGCGGCACUAGUGGUUCUGGCAGUAGUGGAGAGAGGCCUAAGGAAGCUUCUAAAAUCAAUCUUUCACUGUCCGCCCUGGGCAAUGUGAUUGCUGCUUUGGCUGGCAACAGGAGCACCCACAUCCCCUACCGGGACUCCAAGCUGACCCGGCUGCUCCAAGACUCAUUGGGGGGCAAUGCCAAGACCAUCAUGGUGGCCACACUGGGUCCAGCUUCUCAUAGCUACGACGAGAGCCUCUCCACCCUGCGCUUUGCGAACCGAGCCAAGAACAUCAAGAACAAACCGCGGGUGAACGAGGACCCCAAGGACACGCUGCUUAGGGAAUUCCAGGAAGAGAUCGCCCGCUUGAAGGCCCAGCUUGAGAAGAAGGGGAUGCUGGGAAAGCGACCUCGGAGAAAGAGCAGUCGCAGAAAGAAGGCCGUGUCUGCUCCGGCCGGCUAUCCAGAGGGGGCCGUAAUUGAGGCUUGGGUGGCUGAAGAGGAAGAUGAUAACAACAAUAAUCACCGCCCACCCCAGCCCACCCUGGAGGCCGCUUUGGAGAAAAACAUGGAGAAUUACCUGCAGGAACAGAAAGAGCGGCUGGAGGAGGAGAAGGCGGCCAUCCAGGAUGACCGCAGCCUCGUGAGUGAGGAGAAGCAGAAGCUUCUAGAAGAGAAGGAGAAGAUGCUGGAGGAUCUGAGGCGGGAGCAGCAGGCCACAGAGCUGCUUGCAGCCAAGUACAAGGCCAUGGAAAGCAAGCUACUCAUUGGGGGGCGGAACAUCAUGGAUCACACCAACGAACAACAGAAGAUGUUGGAACUGAAGCGACAGGAGAUUGCAGAACAGAAACGGCGUGAACGGGAAAUGCAGCAGGAGAUGCUGCUCCGAGAUGAAGAGACCAUGGAGCUACGUGGUACCUACUCGUCCCUGCAGCAGGAGGUGGAAGUUAAAACCAAGAAACUCAAGAAGCUCUAUGCCAAGCUACAGGCGGUGAAGGCAGAGAUCCAGGACCAACAUGAGGAGUACAUCCGCGUGCGGCAGGACCUGGAGGAGGCGCAGAAUGAGCAGACCCGGGAACUCAAGCUCAAGUACCUCAUCAUUGAGAACUUCAUCCCCCCUGAGGAGAAGAACAAGAUCAUGAACCGGCUUUUCCUGGACUGUGAGGAGGAGCAGUGGAAGUUCCAGCCCCUGGUGCCAGCUGGAGUGAAUAACAGCCAAAUGAAGAAGCGUCCAACUUCUGCAGUGGGCUACAAGAGACCUAUCAGCCAGUAUGCUCGGGUUGCCAUGGCAAUGGGGUCCCAUCCCAGAUACAGGGCUGAAAAUAUAAUGUUUUUGGAACUGGAUGUAUCCCCGCCGGCCAUCUUUGAGAUGGAAUUUUCUCAUGACCAAGAACAAGAUCCACGAGUACUACACAUGGAGAGGCUCAUGCGGUUGGACAGCUUUCUGGAGAGACCUUCCACGUCUAAAGUGCGAAAGUCGAGAUCCUGGUGCCAGAGUCCUCAGCGGCCUCCACCACCCUCCACAGUUCAUGCCUCCAUGGCCUCUGCUCCUCUGCACCCUGCAACAGUGGUAGACCAUGACUGACACCCUUCAGUCAGGCUGCCCAUCACAAAGACUCCUAGGACAGGGCAGCCAUCCCUGGUUCAUCCCAUCUGAUGCUUGGUGCGCGCGUGUGUGGGGUGUGUAUGCAUGUGUGUGUGUGUGAACUAGUGUGUGUACUAGUGUGUGUGAAGGGGCAAGAAACUGGCAGGUGGUGCCUCUGCCUGUUCUCCGGGCCUCCUUUAUUUAAUUCUGUUAUUUAUUCGUGGAGCUUGGUUAGUGAGGAGAGAUUCCCCUUGCUUGAGCUGCCUGGGCCUGCCAUGGUCACUGCAUAGCUUCCUGUUCUGGCUGAGGAGAGACCUCAGUCAGGCCCCAAGCUCCUCACGUCAGCUGCCCCUGAGGGAAGAUGGCUAGUGCCUGAGAAGACAGUGCUUCCUUUACCCGUCCAAGUUCACAGUUUCCAUCUUCUUGUCUGAUGGUGAGCAGCCCCUGAUGCUUUCUGAGGCUGGGAAACUGCGGGUGUCCACUGAGGGCAAGAGGUGUCCUAACAGUGUUGGGCUUGCACUCCUGGUGGACUGAGCCUUGCUCACCUCUUCCUGGGCCCUAAACUCUUCGAGCCUCCAGGGCUCUUUCCCAAGGACUUUCAGUAGCCUAAUACUCAUCCCAGGCUCUCCGGCCUUGGCAAGAACUCGUGGCUUCCCCAACUCCACUUCAUUGCCAGCCCUCUCUACCCUGGGAUUGGAAAUUGUGAACCAAACAGUUGUUGCUACCACGAGACCUACAGGAAGUGGAACAGUGUGGAAAACGCAUGGAAUGUCAUCAGGGGCACUCUCUCCUCAGUUCCUCUGGUUUCCUUCUCUCCUCCAAGAAGUUCCUUUGGAGAACAAACCAUCAGACUCCCUCUCCUCAUGUGAGGUGUAGCUUUUCCUGCUCUGAUCACUGUUCCCUGAAGCUGUCAGGUCUCAGUCCACAGUGGAAAGAAUCGGUGUCAUUCC